AUGGGUAAACCCAGACCUCACAAAAAGAAAGCAUCCAAAUCCAAGUCCAAGUCCGUUCUCAGCGCUGGCGGCUCGGUCUCGAAACAGAAAAUGAACGAAGAUCCUUCCAAGCUCCUCGAACAAGCGACAACACUCCUCCAGACAGGACAGCCAGAUGUAGCGCUUCCGGUUGCCCAACAGGCGCUCGAACUUGCGCCGGCCAAUUCGCCCGCCCAGCUUUCGGCCUUGAACAUCGUCGCGGAGAUCUACGUUGAACUGGGUGAAAUUGAUGUGGCGAGGCAGCAUUUUAUGCGCGCGGUUGAGCUGGACCCGACUGGCGCAAUUCCUGAAAGCCAGGGAGGUGGCGCUGAGAAGUUCAUGUGGCUUGCUCAAUUGAGCGAGCUUGGAGGCAAGGACAGUGUUCAAUGGUUUGAGAAGGGUGUUUCUUGUCUCAGGCAAGUUAUUCAACAGCUUGAACAGAACCCGGGUCCUGCAGAAGCUAUUGAGUUGGAGGAGAAGAAACGGAAGAUGGCAAAUGCCCUAUGUGCUGUUGCUGAGAUCUACAUGACCGAUCUUUCGUGGGAAGAAGAUGCUGAAGCCCGUUGCGAAACUCUCAUUACAGAGGCUCUUUUGGUCAACUCAAAUGCACCGGAAGUGCUACAGACUCUCGCCUCGAUCCGAAUCUCACAGCUGCGAACGGAUGAGGCUCGCGCGGCACUCACAAAAAGUCUUGAGCUAUGGAAGGACCUACCACCCGAGGACCCGACAGUCCCCGACUUCGCUACAAGGAUAAGUUUGGCUCGUCUAUUGAUGGAGGUCACCAUGGAGCUUGAAGCACUUGAGGUCCUAGAACGUUUGAUCUUAGAAGAUGACCAGAGUGUAGAGGCAUGGUAUCUCGGAGGAUGGUGUCUCUAUCUUCUCGCCGAGAAGAAGGAAGCGCCCAAGGAGGAAGAGCUGGACAGUGAAACUCCCGAGGCAAGACGCCAUGCCUCACUGGUCGCUAGCCGGGAAUGGCUGAAGCAGAGCUUGACCCUCUACGAAUCGAUUCAAUACGAAGAUGUGAGGCUCAAGGAGCAUGCGGAUGAGUUGGUCGAAGCGAUGAACAAAGAAUUAGGGGAAGAUAUGGAGGAUGACGGGGAAGGUGAGGAGGGAGUGGAGGGCUGGGAGGACGAGUUUGAGUCGGACGGCGAUCAGGAGAUGGCCGAUUCAUGA